AUGGAAAAUUUACUUUUUUUGCUUUGGUCAACAUUUGAUAAGAGUGUUAAGCAAAUUUUUGCAAUUUCACACUUGAGAGCUUCUGCUUUCACGAGAAUUCUUCCCUAUGCAAAUUCAUUAUUCUGCCUUUCCUUCCUGGAGUAUCAGUGGGUACAAAAUCCAGUUUUACGAUGCAACACCUUUUCAUGGUACAUUAAUGCAAGAUUAGGAAAUCUCAACUCCGGAAGCUUCAGGACAAUAAUAAGACUGCCUGAAAGUUUAGGCUGGUUAAACAAUUUAACUGAUGCAUAA